UUCUCAUUCUAUCUUGCGAAAUUUAUUCGCAUCGCGGGUCAUUCGGUCGUGUUGAGUGUUGGCCGCGUGCUUCUCUAUUCGCGGCACGUGUGCAACGCUUCUGGAUGUGGAGAAAAAUGUGCGCUUGUCGCGCGCAUUGUCUCUAUAUGAUUCGUUGGGUCGAGUCUCGGACCGAGUCCGACUUAUUUAUUUCCAGGAAGUUCGAAGCAUAUCACGCGGCAUAUGUGUAGUAUGAUACGAUGGAAAAAGUAAAUCGAACGGGAGAUAGGAAAUUUCCAUUCAUUGCAAAGAAGGUGUAACAAUUGUGUUCGUUUUCUCCGUGAAAAAUUCGUAUUGUGAAGUUUGUGAUCGCGUUUUUUGUGAAACGCGCUAGUCUUCUCGUCGCGCUAUUCUUCCGAACAAGCGAUGCAGUGAUCAAAUUUGAAUAGUAUUCUGUUCACGCGCGCUAUGGCGAAAGGAUUGCUUUUGGAAUUCCAAAUGUUGGGAAGAGAACGAAUCAUCGUUAUGUUCUUUUCCCAGUGGAAAAUUUGACUGUGUGUCUGUAUAUAAAGGAGUGCAACAGUGAAGUUUAAUUCGCGAGAACGAAAAAAUUCGUUUGUUUUUUUUUCGAUACGCGAUUAAAAUUAAAAUGUGACAAUCAAAUAAGAAAUUUAUUGUAUAUCUAAUAUACGUAAAUAGCUAUGUCUAAUUCUUCAUUUCAUUUAUGAUAUACGAAAAAAUGUAAUGUUUCUAUUAGAGCGUGUCAUUGCGGCCUAGUUGUAUUCGUUUCUUUUUGCAGCAACAAUAUAAAGCGACCUUCGAGAAUUCGUAAAAAAGAGCGAUCGAGAGUUGACCGUUUGAACGCGAAACAACCAAAGAGGAGUGCAUUGAACGAAACCAAAUCGAUACCAAAAGAAGAGGGGAAGUUAGCUCGAUUUAGAGAAGGAAGGAGGAGGAGGAGGAGAAGGAGGGAGAGGUGGAGGAGGAGGAGGAGGAGGAGGAGGAGGAGGUGAUGGUGGUCGGCUAGUCGUUUUUUCGUUUCUCGAGAUGACGCGACAAGGAUAUCGUGCGUGUUUCGCUUGAGAGUAGGAUCUUUCGGAUUCGGUGAAGUGUAGAAGAAGGGGGGGGAGAGGAAAAAAAAAAGUAAAAGUGACGAGUGAAAACAGGAAGAUCAAGACAGCCAAGAUGAUGAAGAAGGAGAAACCGAUGAUGUCGGUGACCGCCAUCAUCCAAGGGACUCAGGCCCAACAUUGGUCCCGUGGGAACACUUGGCUAAGUCUGGACAACAGCAAUAUGUCCAUGUCCUCUGUGGGCCCGCAAAGUCCACUGGACAUGAAGCCCGACACAGCAAGCCUCAUCAACCCCGGAAACUUCAGCCCUUCCGGUCCCAAUAGUCCGGGAUCCUUCACCGCUGGUUGUCACAGCAACCUUCUAAGUACGUCGCCGAGUGGCCAGAACAAAGCAGUCGCACCCUACCCGCCGAACCACCCUCUCUCCGGAAGCAAGCACCUCUGCUCGAUCUGCGGUGACCGUGCCAGUGGCAAACAUUAUGGUGUCUAUAGCUGCGAGGGUUGCAAAGGAUUCUUUAAGAGGACCGUGCGCAAGGAUCUGUCGUACGCGUGUCGGGAAGAGAAAUCCUGCAUCAUUGACAAACGGCAGAGAAAUCGAUGUCAGUAUUGCAGAUACCAGAAAUGUCUCGCGAUGGGAAUGAAGAGAGAAGCGGUCCAAGAGGAACGUCAACGUACCAAGGAAAGGGAUCAGAGCGAGGUGGAGAGCACUAGUAGCCUGCAUUCGGACAUGCCGAUCGAGCGUAUCCUAGAGGCCGAGAAAAGAGUCGAGUGCAAGAUGGAGCAACAGGGAAAUUACGAGAAUGCAGUGUCGCACAUUUGCAACGCCACGAACAAACAGCUGUUCCAGCUGGUAGCAUGGGCGAAACACAUCCCGCAUUUUACGUCGUUGCCACUGGAGGAUCAGGUACUUCUGCUCAGGGCCGGUUGGAACGAGUUGCUGAUAGCCUCCUUUUCCCACCGUUCCAUCGACGUGAAGGACGGUAUCGUGCUGGCAACGGGGAUCACCGUGCAUCGGAACUCGGCGCAGCAGGCCGGCGUAGGCACGAUAUUCGACCGUGUCCUCUCGGAGCUUGUCUCGAAAAUGCGUGAAAUGAAGAUGGACAGGACAGAGCUUGGCUGUCUCAGAUCUAUAAUACUCUUCAAUCCUGAGGUUCGAGGACUGAAAUCCAUCCAGGAAGUGACCCUGCUCCGUGAGAAGAUCUAUGGCGCUCUGGAGGGUUAUUGUCGCGUGGCUUGGCCCGACGAUGCAGGAAGAUUCGCGAAAUUACUUCUACGCCUGCCCGCCAUCCGUUCGAUCGGAUUAAAGUGCCUCGAGUACCUGUUCUUCUUCAAAAUGAUCGGUGACGUACCGAUCGACGAUUUUCUCGUGGAGAUGUUAGAAUCACGAUCAGAUCCUUAGGAACAGAAGGUGUGCCGCGUCUUGGGGCACACCGAUUUAUAAAAGAUACGACAGAAAAACAAAUAUAAAUAUUAUAUAUAUAUAUCAAAAAAGCAAAGAACAUCAUUGAAGAGAUAUAUAUAUAUAUAUGUAUGUGUGUAAAAAAGGAAAUUCCCGUUGAUAACUUCGAUAUAUAUCUCUCACAGUGAAAAAGAAAAAAAAAAAUUAAAUAAAAAUAGAAAUUCUCACAUAUCGAGUGAGACAUACAAUUUACUUACAUUUCUCUUUUUCACUGUUUUAUUUAUAUUUCUGUUCGUUAGCGCAUUAUUAUAAUCAACGUCCUUUUCUUCGAUUCGUAUCGAGAGCAUGUCGGAAGUCGAACAAUGGAUGCUAUCGCUGAGAACGAAUCAACGGGAUUUAUAACAUCUUCGAGAGUCGAUCUGACGAAUUUUCAAACUCGCUGUUAUACCUCGGAAUGAUCUCUCCUUCUCUUUGCAUAUUUCAGUCUAUGACACACGUUGUUUAUGUAUGUCAUAUAUUGUACAAGCAAAAUUCUCACGUAUGCCGAUUUCCUAUCGGAUAUUGCCGAUUCACAUUAGAUUUCAAUUGCGUAUACGUUGAACUAUGCACAUCCUAAAAUCAUGUGGAAGUUCCUAAGAUACUGAUUUCUUAUGCCCUCUCUUUUCUUUGUUCACUCUCUAUUUUUUCGACUCGUGUAUUAAUUUUUCUUUGUUUUACUAGUCUUUCAAAAUAUAUCGAAUGUAUAGGAUGAUAUCUCUUCGAUCUCCUUCAUUUUAUAUAAAUUACAAUCCUUGGUGUUGGUUCAACUUAUAUAAUAAGCGUGACAAGCUUUUUUUACAUUCCAACGCUGCCUCGAUUCGGAUCGUACACUUGGAUGAGCCAUAAAGAGCAUCUUUAGAUAUAUUAUUAUUAUACAUACUUACAUAAAACGAAAACGUUUUACACGUGUGUGCAUUAUACAAUAAUUUAUUGUUUUGUAUUUUAGAGUAUAGAGAAAAAAAAUAAUAGUAAAAUUUACUAAUUUCAUUAUCAAUUAAAUUUAUAUUAUAAUAUUUCUUUUUAU